AUGUCUUCCAUGGAAGUUGUUCUUACUGUGGGGAAACUUGAUGUUUCACUCGCGCUAUUGACAACGGCAGACCACCACGUUAUAGAAUUUCCUACAAUGUUGCUUCCCGAUAACGUCAGAGCUGGCUCCAUUGUGACAAUGAAAGUGAGCGAGAAUGUCAAGGAGGAGCAGAAACAGAAGGAGACAUUUGCGGAAAUCCAAAAGAUUAUCUUGAACAAAUACGGGACGAACAAACCAAGUGCACCAGUCCUGAAGACUGUUAAUGUGACUCAAACCAGUUGUGUUCUUGCGUGGGACCCCUUGAAGCUUGGCUCAUCGAAAUUGAAGUCCUUGAUUCUGUAUAGGGAAGGGGUUCGCUCCACGGUGAUUCCAAAUCCUUUUAAAGUCACUGCCACGAAGAUUUCAGGGUUAUCCGUUGACGUGCCAUACGAGUUCCAGUUGAGGCUGAAUACCACCUCGGGUCAAUUUUGGUCAGAGAAGAUCAAAGUACGCACGCACAAAAUGACGGAUAUGUCCGGUAUUACUGUGUGCUUAGGUCCCCUGGACCCGCUACUAAACAUCAACGACAGACAAAUUAUUGACUGUCUGUCGUCGAUAGGAGCUAGAAGACUGCAGAAGCGCGUUUCUAUUGACACGACGCAUUUUGUCUGCAAUGAUGUGGACAACGAGGACGAUGAAGAGCUAACAAAGGCUAAGAACAGCAACAUCCCCAUCGUGAAACCGGAAUGGAUUAGAGCUUGUGCUGUGGAAAAAAGGAUUGUUGGUGUCAGAGGGUUUUACUUGGAUGCUGAUCCAAGUAUUUUGGCAAAUUACCCUUUUCCACCUGCAAAGACGGGUGAAUUGACUGAUGAUCAGAAACCGGUGGAUGAUACUGUCGCAUCAGCGAAACCUCUCCCCUCAGAACCGGAAAGCGAUGAGAGGGAAGGCGCUGAGAACGAUAAUCCACAAUCCAGCUUGGGAGAAGAUGCCCAAUCCAGUGAAAUAAGGGAGCCUACUAGCUUUAAGCACGUAGCUACUAGUGAAAGUGAAUUGGAAGCGCACGACGAUGCGGAAGAAAGGGUAGAAGAGAGGGAUAGCGCUGCUUCUGCCCUGGAAGAGCGUGGAAUUGAAGACUCAACCAUCGUAAGUUCAGGCACAGACGUGCUAGCUACGGAGGAACGGGCUACAGAGGAACAGGCUACUGAAGAUCCAGCUAAUGAAGAGAACACUGCCGAGGAACCUGCCGAGGAACCUGCCGAGGAAUCUGCCGAGGAACCUGCUACCGAGGAGAUAAUCGCCGAAGAGACGACUGCAGAGGAACCAGCUGCUGAAGAGCCAGUCGCGGAAGAGCCAGUAGCGGAAGAACCAGUUAUAGCGGAGUCAACCACAGAAGAGCCAGCAAUCCAAGAACCAGCUACCGAGGAGCCAACUGCCGAGGAGCCAACUGCCGAGGAGCCAACUGCUGAAGAGCCUGUUACUGAAGACCCAACUACCGAAGUGCCAGCUACUCAAGAACCAGUAGCGGAAGAAGCAGCUGCGGAAGAGCCAGUUACCGAAAAACCAACUAUCCAAGAACCUAUUGCUGAAGCGCCAAUUACAGCAGAACCAGCUCCGGAAGAACCAACAACAGAAGAACCAGCUGUCCAAGAACCAGCUGUCCAAGAACCAGUUUCCGAAGAACCAGUUUACGAAAACGCUGUCACUGAAGAGCCAGUCACUGAAGUGCCAGCUCCAGAAGAACCAGUCACUGAAGAAACUGUUGCUGGAGCACCAAUAGCGGAAGAGCCAGCUACAGAAGAACCAGCCGGCGAUGAGCAGGCUACGCCAGCUGCGGAAGAACAGGCCUCGCCAGGACCCUCCGCCGGCAGCAACCCGGGUUCGCAGAAGUCAAAGAACCAGAAGAAGAAGAAGGGCAAAAACAAGAAACGGUGGUAG